AUGCGUGCUCUUGAUCGAUCAUAUGAUAUUGAGAUCGAAUGUGUUCACGAUGCGGACCUCAUCCGUAUCCAACUCGAGCAACCUCAGGAUAUUCUCUGCGACAAUGAAGCCGCUGAUAUACGUGAUUAUUACAUACUUGGAAACAAAAUAGGCGAGGGGGCCUAUGGACAGGUUAGUCGGCAGUUCGUUGCUGCCACGCUCACUGGAACUACUACGAAGGUACGAGCCGUAGUUGCUAAUGAAGUUAGUGUGCUGCGGAAGCUCAACCACCCGAAUGUAUGCAAACCACGGGAAUUCUUCCAAGAUGAAUACUUCUACUAUCAAGUCAUGCAAAUGUACGGACCACCAGUUUUAGCUGGCCUCAACGCGAAAUUCGCCUCCAAGGAACAGCUCCAUAGCUCACCAGAACCUCUCAUCCAUGCACGGUUGCCGGAAUACCGCAUUGCUGAGCUCAUCAGAUCCGCGUUGGAAGCAUGCGCAUACAUACACAGUCAAGGCGUAGUUCAUCGAGAUAUCAAAGGUGACAACUUCCUUUUCGAGACCACCGACAUCGAUAAUGGGGAGCUCGUCAUGAUCGACUUCGGCUUAGCGAUCGAGCGUAAGAGCGCCCAACUUGUCACCACUACCAUCACUUCCUGUAGAUGGGUUGCACCUGAGAUGCUCAAGGAAGGCUACAACAGUGGAUCGGUGGACGUUUGGGCGGUCGGUAUCCUCUUGUACAUUCUAGUCUACGGUCAAUACCCGUUCGACGGCAGAGUUGUCCAAAACGUUCUACGAAGCAUCCUUUAUCAACUGAAAAGUGCCUCGUCUGGACCUGUUUUGUAUCUUACACGCGCAACCUAUAGAUUCGUGAAGAAGUUGUUGACGAAAAAUUCUCGAGUGAGGCCCUCGGCCCGUCAAGCUCUGGAGAACUCUUGGUUCUCUGAAGUAGCCAAGACACGACCGAUGGGAGUGAUGGUUGAGGAAAGAGUCCUUGCUACAGCGACGGAGGGGCGGGAGUCUGUUGAUGAUACCACGGAAGCACCAGAGCGGAGCGAUGCAACCUGUCGUGGUCAGCAGCAGCCUCCGCCGGUGGCGCCUUUAUCUUUCUCGUCAUCAUCUUGGGCAGCAAGAUUGUCGCCGUUCGGUAGCGUCUCAAGGGAGAAAUACCAUCUCACAGACGAAGCCUCUCAGUCGAUGGACAGAUUUGGAGUGAGAAAAAUGCCGGAGGUAGGGAUCGAACCGACGACCUUCUCAGGCGGAGAUGGUGCCCCCUCCAUCGCGCGGAAGGAAGGACUUGCCUACGAAUGA